CUUUGUUUUACAUAAUUUUUUUUUUUUUUAGAUAAUAUAUGUAAAAUGGGUGAAAGUGCAUUUGAUGAAGAGUUUUUAUUUUCGAAUUUUGACUCUGCUAAUGAAGAUGAUACAACCGACCAUCCAGGUGGAGGUUUGAAAUCUUGUACAGCGACAAUGACUAAAGAAUUAGGAACGUCUGAUAAUACAGGUGCUCAAGAUAAAUACAUAUCGGAGCUUGAAGAACAAAAUGCGAAAUUAAAGUCUAUCAUCAAAAGAAUGCUCGGUCCACAAAUGUUUUCUCGGAGUGAGAGUAUUUUGCCUCCUGCUUUAAAUGAAGAUGGUGAAAUUGAUUUAAUUCAGAAGUUGGAAGACGACAUUCAUUCAAAACCGUUUGCUAUUGUCAUGUUUCUAAACAACGAUGUCUCAACUGUACAUCGUAAGGAGAUUGACGAAAUGAUGAAAAAUGUCAGCGAAAAGCCUGCCACACAAGAGGUCCUAAUGGCUCAAAAGUUGCAGGCCCAAAACUCAGCCGUGCCUGUCAAAGCUUUUACUGCAAAUUACAAAGGCAGAAGGUGCAAUCCUUCAAAAAACAAAGACGCAGAAGAUCCCUACAUAUUGUGUGCAUGCCAAUAUUUUAAAAGUUUUUUUAUCGAUCGCAUGGGUGCACCGUUAUUAGAAAAUAAUCCAGGUGUUACUGAUCUUUGGGAUGUGCCUUUGUAUCAGCAAAUAUUUUUAAAGGCAUUGCCUAUUCUUGAAGAAGCAUUGAAUGUCCGCGUCAAGCAAAUAAAACAAUGUUUUAACUGUGGCGGUGAACACCAUUUGAACGAUUGCACCCUACCAAAGGACAUGCAACGAAUUAACCUGAGCCGAAAGCAACACAGUGCCAGCAAGUUUAAUUCUCCAGGUCGCGAUUCCCGAUACCACAUUAACGAUGAGGACGUUGAUGAACGCUUUAAGCAUUUUAAACCAGGACAGAUCAGUGUUGGUUUAGAGGAGGCUCUUGGCAUUUCCCUGGAUACUCAGCUGCCACCUUAUAUAUACAUGAUGAGAAAGUUAGGUUACCCACCUGGCUGGUUAAAGCCAUCUGAUGAGGGGUUAAAAAUGUAUGGUGCGGAAGGUAAUAUUAUUGAAGAGCCUGGCAUUGAAGAAGGUGAAAUAAAACCCAUAAAUAUACCAGAUGUUGUAAACUAUCCUGGUUUCAAUGCAGCGAUGCCUGAAGGUGUACAAGACGUGUCGCGUGACAUGGGAAUGCCACCAUUUCAACCAGAAAGCGCCGAUCUCGAUAUAGCAAGAAAACGUGCGAAAAUCCUUGGCUACUCCGAAAGAGAACCUCUCGCUAAACGAUUAAAAUAUGAUGACGCUCUAGAUAUGGAAGUUGAAAACGAGAAUGGAUAUUUCGCCAACGGUAAGCCGCCGUUGCCGCUUAUUGAAGUGACGGCCGACACGAUAAAGCCACCGUCACCGGAAAAUACGCUAGUAUCGGAGGAUGUUAUCAUUAAGGCAGAGCCUGUCGAUGAUGACGCAAUUAACGCCGAAAAUGGUACAAUUGCUACGUCAUCAAGCGAGAAAGACAAUGAGAGUAAGAAAGAUACAACCACUCCUGCCCGACGUACUAGUGUGAGCAACAUAGAUGAAACGACGUAUCGGCAUUGGUUCAUGCAUCCGCCGUUGACAAGUGUCGGUAUUACGUACGUCAUGUAUACUCCUCCACCGACGUGCAAAGGUGUUGUUGAUUUCAAUAAUUUACCAAAGAAUCCUAUAUUAGAUUUGGACAGAGAGCCUUGGAGGACUGCAAGCGCUAGUUGGUACGAUCCCUUAUAUGGUGAUCUUGCCGCUCCUACUGGUACUUAUGACUCCAUCAGGACAUUACUCAAAGAAACAAAACGAGAAAAGCGAAAACCUUUGAUAUAGUGUAUUCCAUAUUUUUGUAUUUUUUUUAACCCAAAACAGUAUUGUUAUAAUU